CCCGGGGCGUCGCUGUGGCGCGAGCCCGUGUGUAACUGUGGCGCAGCACCGCGGGCUGUUGCGACACCGCUCUCUUUGACGGGAAGGGGGCGGUCCUCCUCCGCACUCACUGGCACGGACGUGACACAGAUGAUAGCUGCUGUUUAUUUAACUUGUUUAGGCGAUUGGUAGCUUUUAGCCAGGGAGAAAGAUGGUAUUGAUCUAACAAAGAACAUACAGGGACCGAAAGCGACGCCCGUUAGCUAGUCGUCACCAUGGUGUCUGCGAGAGUGCUCCAGCUGUGGGUGUUAGCUUGCCUUGCCUCUGCUCUACCUGCUGGAGGUGAAAUUCAGAACCAUUUGGUGAUAGCCCCACAGUCUCCAGUGUUAGAGAUUGGGACCAACUUCAUGGCUACAUGCAUGAUCAUCAACACAUCUGAAGUUACAGCACUUGACCUCUACUGGAAUCUGUCUAAGACUACGAUAGCCAAAGAACAGUACACCAUGGUCAACAGAUCAGCUCUCAAUGUCACUGUCCCCAUCACCACUGAAAAUCCUGAAUGGUUAUUUUGCUACUGCAAGAAACUGACACCCUAUGUUCAACUGAACAAAGGCAAAUUUAUUCAUGGGAUCCUUCUCACGAAAGGCUAUCGUCCGGGGAAGCCUGAGAAUCUGUCCUGUAUGGCAGUUCAGGAGAAAACGGUCAUCUCUCCAAACAUCACAUGUGUGUGGCAUCCAGUAGGACGUCAAACCACAGAUGUCCCUACAACAUACACACUGAAUGUUAGAUACACGCUCACUCAACAGACCUUCAACGUGUCAACACGUAAAAACAGUGCCCAUGUGUAUGUGGAAACUUUCCCCUUUCAUAUGACACUGGACAUCUGGGUGGAGGCACACAACAAACUGGGAAAAGUAGAGUCUGAGCAUCUGAAAGAAUAUGCCGGCUGGUUUGUGAAAACAAACCCUCCAUCAGACGUCAAAGUCAUUUCAGAGAAGAGUUUUCCCACCUCCCUUCUCAUAAUCUGGACUCAUCCCAUUGCUAAAGUAUAUAUGAUAUUAACAUAUCAAAUCAGAUUCUGCCCAAAUGGAUCUCAAAGUUGGACUCAUGUACCUCUUGUGGAUACUGCCAAGGACAUACAGUCCUUCAGACUACAGAACCUUCAGCCAGACACAGUUUAUGUCAUUCAGGUGUGCUGCAAAAAUGAGAGAGAGGGCUACGGUUACUGGAGCAACUGGAGUACCAACGCUACCGAGAGAACACCAGAGGCCCGACCAUCAAGUAAGCCGGAUUUAUGGAAAAGCAUUGCUGACGUUGAGGGCUUAAAUGAACGACAAGUGAAGUUCAUUUGUAAGGAUCCUGUGUUUGCCAACGGGAGGAUAAUAAGAUUCGACAUAGCGAUUCAAGACCAAAAGGUCAAGAAUGGAAGUUGGGAGAGUAUCCAAGUCAACAGGUCUGAGGCCGACAGCAGCUCUAGCCAGCGGAAGAUCACUCUUCUUAAACAGAUUCACCUGGCUGACAAGAAAUCUGUCGAAGUGCACGUCAUCGCCUUCAAUUCUGUGGGGAAAUCUCCGAAUGCAUCGUUAGUCAUCCCUGAAAAAGCACAUGAGCUCCCCCCAGUGGAAGAGCUGAAGGUGUGGUCCUAUGGGGGCCAGCUGUGGCUGAAAUGGAAACCCCCCAAGAAUCCAGCUGUGUCAGAGUAUGUGGUGGAGUGGGUCACUGGUAAUGAGAUAGACUGGCAGAGGGAAAACAGAAGCACCAAUUACACCGCCAUUAAAGGCAACCUGGAGAAGUUUGUUUGCUACAACGUAUCUGUGUAUCCAAUAUACUAUGGGGGGACUGGGAAGUCGGCAAGUAAACAAGCCUUUCUGGAGCAAGGAGCUCCGUUGGAGGGCCCCGCUGUUCGACUGAAAGGUAAACCAGGACGUAACGAGGCAGAGCUGGUGUGGCAAGAGAUUCCCCAACCCAAGCGGCGAGGCUUCAUCACAAACUACACGAUAUUCUUUACAAGUGGGACUGAAGUGCAUGACGUAACAGUGCCAGGUAACACCACCUCAUACACUCUCAAGUCAUUGUCAGGCAACACCAAGUAUGACACUUGGAUCAGGGCUUCAACCAUCCGAGGCUCAGCCAAAGGCUUUAAUCACUCAUUCACCACUCUGAAAUAUGCAACAGGAGAGAUCGAGGGCAUCGUGGUAGGAGUGAGCCUCGGCUUUCUCUUCAUUGUUCUCAUGACCAUGCUGCUCUGCAUCUACAAGAAAGAUGUGAUCAAGGAGAAUUUCUGGCCUCGGAUUCCAAACCCUGGAGAAAGCACCAUUGGAAACUGGUCUCCCGAUUACCCUUUAAAAGCAGAGACACCAAAGGAGAACUGUCUGUCUGGCAUCAGUGUGCUUGAUGUGGAUGUGUGUGAUGGAAAGUGUGUGUUUGAGGAGGACAAGGCCAGUCUGCCUCUGAAGAAGGACAAGUAUCUGUCUGAGGAGCACAGCAGCGGCAUCGGCGGCUCAUCCUGCAUGUCCUCACCUCGCCAGAGUGUGUCCGACAGCGACGAGGGCGGCGACAUGGCCGACACCACAGCCAGCACCGUUCAGUACUCCUCGGUGGUGGCCUCCAGUGGUUACAAAGGUCAGACCCCGAGCUCCCAGCCCCAGCAGGCCAUUUUUUCACGGUCCGAGUCCACGCAGCCCCUGCUGGACUCUGAGGAGAACCCGGACAUGUUGCUGCAGGAGGGCAGCAGACAGUCCCAGCGUUUCCACCGACACCCCUGCUUCACACACACUGCAGGGAACGAAGACAGCGCCCACCCUGCUGACUUCAACCAGCUGCAGAUGGAGCGGCAGGAGGCGCUGGAGCCUCUGGACUUCUGUCCCCUGGAAGAGGACUCUGAGCAGACGACGCCUGCAGACUGGCCGCCAGCAGCCCCCAUCUCCAGCUACAUGCCUCAGCUGGGUGGCUACAGGCCACAGUAAAGAACACUGACAGGCCUAGAUGUGUCAUCUAUGUCAAUGCUUCUGUGCCUUUGUUAGUGUCGAAUGUUCAUUUCAUUGAAGCAGUGAAGAAGACUGUAGCGGUAUGUCUUUCACACUUAACCAAGGAUCAGUAGUCCAGGAGGCGUUGGGAGAGUGCUCUGCAUUUGCACUCACGUGGAAAAAUGACACAGCCAUAUCUUUAUAUUAAAAUAAUGUCCAAAACAUUGUCAACACAUGUACGUGGACACUUUGAGCUGCACAGUAAAUGUCACAUAUUGCAUUUCAAAAUGUCUCCUGCAAUUCUAAACACCACACGAGUGUGAAGCCCCGUCUCAGGAGCGACGGGCUCCGCAGCAGGCAGCUUCAGGAUGACCUGUGCUUCUGUUUCUGUUUGAGCAGUCUCUCUGUCUCUGGGGGGGUGUUACAGUUUGUUACCGGGCAUUGUCAUUAGCUUAAGUAUAUACACUGCACAUGAAUGUAAUCAAGUAACAUAAGUUCACACUGACCUGUACAUGUUGCCAGUGUAUGUUCAAUAAAAACGUUGACUAAC